UGAGCGGACAGCGUCAUGAAGCCUCUGCCUUACUUCUGCCACAGCAAGGUCGUGCGCGGCUUUGGCCGCUGCUCCAAGCAGCUGGGCAUCCCCACCGCCAACUUUCCUGCUGAUGUGUCCACUUGCAUUUAUUACGGAUGGGCCAGUGUGGGAACCGGAGAAGUCCAUAAGAUGGUGCUGAGCAUAGGAUGGAACCCAUACUACAAGAACACGAAGAAGUCCAUGGAAACUCAUAUCAUGCAUACCUUCAAAGAGGACUUCUAUGGGGAAAUCCUCAAUGUGGCCAUUGCUGGCUACCUUGGACCAGAAAAGAACUUUGAUUCUUUAGAGUCACUUAUUUCAGCAAUUCAAGGUGAUAUUGAGGAAGCUAAGAAACGACUAGAUUUACCAGAGCAUUUGAAGCUCAAAGAAGACAAUUUCUUCCAGGUUCCAAAAAGCAAAAUAAUGAAUGGCCACUGAUAAAAAAAUCAUCUUACUUAUUCAUUCAUUGUUCUCUAAAAUCCUACAGCUGUGACUUAGUUUAAGCAGUACAAUGUAAUUAUUAUUAUGCUUCAUGUUCAAUUAAACCCAUCAUGCUACAG